UGGGAAGUGACGUCAUUAUCAAGCGACAGAAGAACACGGAGCGGUUGUCUGGGAGAAUUGUUUACAGAAUGCACUGAGACAGCUGAGCAGUGCGAAUUAAAAAUAAAAUGGCCACACAACGGGUGCUCCCGCAAAGUAAAGAGACUCUUCUGCAGAACUACAACAAGAGACUGAAAGAUGACAUCAGAUCCAUACUGGAUAACUUCACUGAGAUCAUCAAAACUGCCAAGGUAGAAGAUGAAACGCAGGUUUCUAGAGCAACACAAGCAGAGCAGGACCACUACGAAAUGCACGUCAGAGCUGCCAACAUUGUGCGAGCUGGUGAGUCUCUGAUGAAGCUGGUGUCAGACCUGAAGCAGUUCCUGAUUCUGAACGAUUUCCCUUCUGUAAACGAGGCCAUUAGCCUGCGCAACCAGCAGCUGCGUGCCCUGCAGGAGGAAUGCGACAAGAAGCUCAUCUCCCUGCGCGAUGAGAUCGCCGUUGACCUAUACGAGCUCGAGGAAGAGUAUUACUCCUCCAGGUACAAAUAGAUCCUCCAGAGACCCUGCAAUCCUGUAGUCGAGUAUCAUAUGCACACUCUCUUAUACGCACAUACCCUAUAACUCAUACCCUUGUGCCUUAGACCACAACUUGUGUGUGUCUGUGAGUGUCCAAAUUCACGCAUAAGGACACAACCUGUAUUGCCUUUAAAAUGGAACAAGAAGAUAAAGACGGGUUAAACUUGUAAUUUAAACAUUUGUUAUCAUAUUUUCAUAACAGGAUAGUCAAAAGGAUCUUGUGAACACCAAAACAUUUUUUUUACCAAAGUAAAAAAAGUAUGUGAAAGUGUGCUUGGAUGCUAUAAAGGAAAAAUUCAUGUUAUACAUUUUGUGAAAAUGAGUGUACUACUACUAAAAGUCAAAUAAAAGAAAACAUGCAUACAGUACACAUCAUAGAACGUAAGGUUAAAAAAAGGAUACUAGAAAAGGUGAGCCUUAUUACACAUAUGAUAAUGUUAAAUAUACAUUAUAGUCCUCUUAAUGAUCCUAGGAACAUAAUGUCAAAUAUUCAAAUGUUUGUGUGAUUUCAAAGCUCAGUGUUGUAUUAAACAUGCAGCAUUUUAAAUAGGAAAAUGUAUUAAAUAAAUAAAUAAAUAAAUAAUAAUAUAAAAAAUAAAGCACUGCUUAGAAAGCAGCUGAGCUCACUGAUUAGACUCAUGUUUGAACUGGCCAAACUGCACGUGGCUUAACAGUCUAAGAAGCGCAGUUGAUUCCCUUAGAGUGGCACAGGUUCAUGACUAAUCGCAGUUUAUGAUCUCUGUCACUAAAAUACUAAUAAAUGCACUGAGAGUAAUUAAACACAGUGGCUACAAAUAUCUUAGGAAAAACAGUUGUGGCCAGUAUUUUUCUCAUAAUUAGUUUACAUUUCUCUUCUUGUAAGGUCGUUCAAACCAGAUGUCAUGUUACUGUUCCACUGCUAGAACAUGCCAUAUUUGUUGUACGUAGCCUAGGCAUAUUUUGAAUUUGCUAUAAAUCAGGGGUCUUUAAUCUUAUCCGCAAAGGGUCGGUGUGGCUGCAGGCUUUCAUUCCAGCAACACGGGAGCCACUUGGUCGGAAUGAAAGCUUGCAGCCAUACCGGCCCUCUGCAGGAUAAGAUUAAAGACCCGUGCUAUAAACGAAGAGCGAGUUUGCUUUGCUUGCUCAGAUUCAGUGAAUAUUUCAUCAAAGCUAGGUCUACAGGGUGAUCAAUAUCAACCAGAGUGAAGCUUAUACAAGCUUUAGUCAAGAUUACAUCCAUCCACUGUAUAUCAUAAAGGGCAGAAAUUAUGGUAAAAUAUAGACAUACUCUGUACACAUUAUAGUAUGCUCUGAAAAGACCAACAUUAACCCGAUAAUAAAACAAUUACAGAUUUAGGUUUUCUGGGGCUAUUUUAAACAUGCCACUAAUCGGACUAGAGAGGAUAAAAAAAUGAAAUGAAAGUCUCUGAAAAUUCUCUGCUUUCUGCCCAAAUGCGUCUAGCCCAGUAGCUAGUCUCUGGUCUGAUGAGCUGCCUUUAGCUAAAUAAUUUACACAAACGUACAUGAUGGCAUAAGCCACAACAGAGGAUCUGCCGCAGAAGCCGAGCUGGUUGUUUAGAAAACUCCGACGGUUUUUCCGUACUAUUAUCAUUUCUGCUACAGUAUUUUUUUUCCCAAGUACUCAUUUCAGUCUGGUGAAAUACUUUGCCGGGUCUGCAUCUCGACCACCGUCCACCAGUUGAUGACUCCUGAUUUAAGGUAUACAUAAAUGCAAGGUUAGGUCUGGUCAUUAGGUUGUGUAUUUCAUUUAUUUGUGGGUGGUUGUGAGGUGAUUUUUAUACACUUUGAGCAGUGCAAAUAUGUUUCUUUUUUACUCUCCUAUCAAAAAAUAUCAAAAGAUUCUUAGAAAUUUACCACAAAUAUGGUCAAAUACUAUUAUAUUAUAAUAUUUCCUGUAUAGUGCCCAAGGCUAUUAUUUUGGCCAUUGGUUUUGUCUAAGAGAAAUGUUAAUUAAGUUUAGUUAAACUUUAAAAAUAAAGCUGGAGGACAUUGAGCUGCUGGUGCCUAAUUGUAAAUGGUGCUUAAGCUUUAACUUUACACAGGUAUCUACAGAGAAUUUGCACGUCAGAAUGAGUUGUAUGUCUUAGGAUGCUAAAAUUUUGUAACACUGGUGAUUUGGCUUUUUUUAUUAUAUCUUGUGCUGUUGAAUGGGUUGAACCGAUGUUCUAAUGUACUAAAAUAGGUAUUUAUGUAGACCCUGUACCUCUGAAACGAGGAGCACUCUGGGAGUUUUAAUAACAUUGAGCAAUUCUUGUACUUUUAUGGCCUGUAUUUUUAGAUUUCUUUUAUUGUAUUCGAUUAAAAGAGAUUAUCAGUGUCCUGUUAAAAUGUUAAUGAAAAGUUGUAUGAUUUUAUACAAGUACAUAUUUAGCUUGCAGUGAUAAAAUCUAUAAUGUUUACACUGA